UCCGCCAGUCCUCAGUUGCUUUUGGGUUGGCCCUUAGAUAAGAAUGCCCAAUCUACGCUCUUGAAAGGGCGAAGCAGACGGAGAGAGAGAGAGAGAGGGUCGAUCGUUGCGUUCAUAACAUUCAUAACCCCCUACGUGACCCAAGUGACCCGUGUCCAAGUUUUCUAUCACAAUACGUUGUCCGGUUUUUGAAUUGGAACCUCCAGCACGAAUCACUCUAGGUGGAGGAUGAAGAUCGCAGCAAUCUUAUUCACCCUGAGUUUGUUCCUGGGUUGGUCCUCAACGGACACUUUGGACAACUCCAUUGGGAUCGACGAUUCACAUCACUGCGCGUUGGAGAUGCACAAGGCCCAAGCGUUCCGAGGACGCAAGUUUUCCAUCUUCGGCUCGAAAGUUCGACUUCGCGGUCUACAGAAAUCCCUCAAUACCAUUGGCGAUUGUUGUUGGGCCUUGUAUCGCCAUGCGGGUUUCCAGGGGCGUCCAAUGUUCAUGGGCAGUCAUGUGUCCAUCAGCUCGAUUCAAGAUUGGGGCUGGAGAAGAGCCAAGAUCCGGUCCGUGAAGCGUCUCAAAUCUUGCAAUUUCUGAGCACAAGCCAUUCUCUUUUAUUUAUCCAACUAUCCAUCGAUCCAUCUUUCAAUGCAAACACACAACCAUACAAGUGAUUGAUAAAACUCGAAUCAAAAACACA